AUGUACAUUUACGAUCUACCCGAUAAUCACAAUAACCAGAUGAACGGAGAGACAAUCGACAAUGUCUCAAUAGACGCACAUCCUGUUGAGCAAGCGAUUGUCAUCAAAUAUCAAGUGGAUAGCAAUCGGCCGCAGCGUUCUGGCGAAUAUCAGAAACUUAUUAAUCUCAAAGAUCUGAACGAAGAUGUUGACAUUCGAAGGUUGGCAGAUGUGGUUAUGUCAAAAUGCGAACUUAUCCCCGAAACAAUGCGGGAAGAAAUGGAGCAAGUUCUCUAUUACUUACAGAAAAGAACGAAUGAUCGAUCUAGACGUGGUCGCAGUGCCUCUUCGAUUUCAUCAAACGAGUACAACAGCAUAGGGACCGUUUCCUCUGUUUCACCUGUGCGUGCGAAUUUAGAUCAAGUGGAUAGCUACAUCGAACUGUUCUACGAGGGUGCAGCAGAAAAAAAUCGAGGAGCUUCGUGCAUUUUGGAACUUGCUAAAAACCCUGCAAAUCUAGACGUUCUUAUCGAAAAUGAGACGUUAAUCGGUGCUUUGGCACGAGUAUUCCGCGAGGAUUGGAAGAAGAAUUUCGAUCUUGCCACUACUAUAAUCCGUAUUUUCGUGCAGUUUUCAUUCUACAACCAGUUCCAUUCUGCACUUUCUCAUCACAAAAUUGGUGCGCUUUGCAUGAACGCUAUAGAAUACGAGCUUAAACGUGCCGAUCUUUGGAUUGCUGAAGCACAAAAUUCUGAUGAGAAAAAUGCUCGGAAAUGUAGAAUUGCUAUACGGAAACAACAAACACUAUUAGCAGCAUGCAUAUCGUUUCUAAUCAACUUGGCUCAUGAUAUUAAUGUUGAACUGAAAAUGGUACGACGAGAUAUCGUGCCGAUGCUCCUCAAAUGUCUCAAUUUCCGCGAUUCUGUCGAAUUAACAUUAGCCACUGUUCAAUUUCUACUCAAGCUGAGUAUGUUCGAGGAGAAUAAAGCAGUGCUGGAACAAGGCGAUAUUGUGGGGAAACUGCUGCAAUUUUUCCCCAUUACUGAUGUGGAAUUGCGGAAAUCAACUAUACGGUUGUUAUUCAAUUUGUCAUUUGAUAGUAAAGCUCGCGCAAAAAUGGUUGCAGAAGGUCUCGUUGCCCACGUUGCUCCUCUUAUUGAAACCGAUCCUCAAGCCUUAAACCUUCUAUAUCAGUUGAGUAUUAAUGAUGACGCCAAAGCAAUGCUGACUUUUACGGAUGCUAUGCAGCUGUUGAUGCGUGACCUACUAACUGGAAAUGGCAGUGAAGCGAUGAAAGCAGUUCUGCUGAAUGCGUGUGCUGAGAAAAGAAACGCUCAACUAGUUUGCGGUCCUGAUGGACAUGGGCUCUCUCUUUUGCUUGAUGCUGCAAUAGACGGCCGCGACCUUAUGGUUGCAAAAAUUGUCCGCAGCAUUGCCUAUCAUGAGGGUCCAACCCAAGAUAUGUUUGUGAAUGCUAUGCCUCGACUUCUGGAUGCUGGAAUCAAGAAUGCUCAGUUACCUGGAGAGGAAAACGCUGCGCUAGGGCUUGAAUUUAUCGCUACUGCUGCAGUGAUAAAAGUAGCUGAUUGGAAUAGUUUAUGCGUUUCACACAACCUCAUUGAGUGGAUGGGUGAACGUUUAAAGAGUCCUGCGGGCGAAACUGAACCGCUGCAGUUGCAGGUGGUCAUUAUGUGUGGCACUAUGGCGCGACAGGUAGACGCUGCUCGAAAUCUGGUCCCCCUUCUCGGAGUAUUCCUUCAAUUGCUUCACUCAAUGCAAGAAGACGACGAAUUCGUGGUGCAACUGUUGUACUUGUUCCUGCAACUCCUGCGUCAUCGUGAACUAGCAAAUCGUCUGAUGGGAUCGGACUCAGCGUUGGGCGCUUAUGUCAUCGACCUCAUGCACGAUAAAAACCCUGCGAUUCGCGAGAUGUGCGACAACGCGUUAGUUAUCAUAGGAGAGCAUUCUCAAGAAUGGGCAUGUCGUAUUGCUGGAGAGAGAUUCCGUUGGCACAAUGCACAGUGGCUAGAUACAGUAGAAGGUGGAACCGCGUGUGAUGAAGGAGCUGUAAUGGACGAUGACUAUGUGCCUGGAACGAUGUUUGACGAUCAGUUUGAUGACGGUUUUGAUCUCACUGUUGGUGAACAUUUGUUCUAA